AUGGCUUGGCAUGCUCCUGCCCCUGAUAAAAAUGGGCAUGUCAGACCACGCACACCAACCAAACCACGGCUUGGUGUCCUUCUGGACCGGACCGCGAUGGGCACAGCUUUUGGUGGGAUCACCGCCUGGCGUGGUAUGUCUCUCACUGUCCUCUUCCCGCCUCAAUCAAUGAAAGCUAUAAACACCACACGCGAUGACUGUCAAAUCAUGCAUGCUAACCAAAUCACACAAAAUGCCAAAAGGUGA